UUCGUUCGUCCUCAGUGCAGGAUAACGAGGUAGUGCGCAAUAACACUAAGAGACAGUUCAAAAGUCUUAAGACGCCCUAGAACAAUCCAUUUGAUCUACUAACAGUAUAGCUGAGAAGGUUGUGUCGGCUUGGACAAUCAGUAAUGGAUGCCAUCUUUCGCUGCCCAUUCCUCUCUCGUGUCCCCCAAGCCUUUCUUCAGCAGACCAGGAAGACCCUGGUGGGCUAUGCCGUGAAAUGUCCAGUCAUGAUGGAUCUGGCCUCUCGGCCUUUGGCUAGAGCUGUCUGUUCAUCCACAUCAAGCUUUCAAAAAGAAAAAGAGUCUGCCUCUACCACAGAGGUAGCACCAAAAGAGACUCCCAAGAUGCCUCCAGGCCACCCCAUGCCCCCAGUCGGUCAAGUAGCAGCAUCCAAAUGCCCUUUCCUUGCUGCUGAGAUGGGCCAGAACAGCAGUGUUGUCCGCCAGGCCAGCAUGGAACUUCAAGAGGAUGUAUCUGAAGUGCGCACUGUUCGCAAAGAUGUGUCUCCAUCUGAUCUUAACCCUCUGGUGAAGAACACAAAGGCUGCUGGAAACCUCAUGAAGAAGCUCAUAAAGCAGCGUCCCACAAAGGUGUCCCACCUGCUGCAGGAAAACAUGCCGAAAACAGUCUCCAAUUUCCACUAUGACAAAUUCUUUGAGAAGACAAUUGAAGACAAGAAGGCUGAUCAUACAUACCGUGUAUUUAAAACCGUGAACAGACGUGCCACAGACUUUCCCAUGGCAGAUAACUAUACAGAGACUCUCUACAAGCAAGACGUCUCUGUAUGGUGCAGCAAUGACUAUCUGGGCAUGAGCCGUCACCCAAGGGUGGUCCAGUCAAUUAUGGAUACUUUACGAAAACAUGGCUCUGGAGCAGGAGGAACACGGAAUAUAUCGGGGACGAGUAAAUUUCAUGUGGACCUUGAGCAUGAAUUGGCUGACCUACAUGAGAAAGAUGCAGCCUUGCUCUUCACGUCCUGUUUUGUGGCCAAUGACUCCACCCUCUUCACUCUGGCAAAGAUGCUUCCUGGAUGUGAGAUUUACUCUGAUGCUGGGAACCACGCUUCAAUGAUUCAGGGCAUUAGGAAUAGUGGCGCCAAAAAGUUCAUCUUUCGUCACAAUGAUGUGGAUCAUUUGCGUGAACUGCUGAAAAAGUCAGACCCAUCCACGCCAAAAAUUGUGGCUUUUGAGACGGUCCACUCCAUGGAUGGGGCAGUGUGUCCACUGGAAGAGAUGUGUGAUGUUGCUCAUGAGUAUGGUGCCAUCACCUUUGUGGAUGAAGUGCAUGCUGUGGGACUGUAUGGAGCGAGAGGGGGUGGCAUUGGUGAUCGGGAUGGAGUCAUGCACAAGAUGGACAUCAUUUCAGGAACCCUUGGCAAGGCCUUUGGCUGCGUUGGUGGCUACAUCGCCAGUACCAGUGCCCUGAUAGACACCGUGCGCUCAUAUGCUGCAGGCUUCAUUUUUACCACCUCACUGCCACCAAUGCUGCUGGCUGGUGCACGUGAGUCCAUUCAGACGCUGAAGAGUGAGGAGGGGCGCAUGCUACGCAGGAAGCACCAACUGAAUGUCAAGCUGUUGCGUCAGAUGCUUAUGGACUCUGGUCUUCCUGUGGUCCACUGCCCUAGUCACAUCAUUCCAGUCAGGGUCUCUAAUGCAGAAAAGAACACACAGGUCUGUGAUCUCCUGAUGAGUCGCUACAACAUUUACGUCCAGGCCAUAAAUUACCCCACGGUCGCACGUGGCAAUGAACUGCUUCGCAUUGCUCCAACACCACACCAUACUCCUGAGAUGAUGAAGUACUUUGUCGAUAAAUUGGUACCAACAUGGAUCGAAGCUGGCCUGGAUCUUAAGCCCCACACUUCUGCAGAGUGCAACUUUUGUCAGAAGCCCCUUCACUUUGAGAUGAUGAGUGAACGGGAAAAGUCUUAUUUCAGUGGCCUCAGUCAUCCCAUAUCAGCCUGUGGGUGAUUGCAGAAUAAGCUUAAAAACCCAUUCCUGUCUGUCAUAAACUGUACCACUGUUUUUUUUUAAUGUUAUAACUUAUUCUGAUCACGAUUCCAUAAACUGUUCUGUCCUUCAGAGAGGAAAUAAAUGUGCAACAAAA